AUGUCGCAGGCGAUCCCGUUGACGAACUCGUCGCAGCUCGCGAGCCGCGUGAACCAGGAGGUGCGCAUUAUUGGCAAGGUGCAAAAGGUGUCUAGUGGCGUGCUUCUCCUGGAGGCGUCGGACAGUGGCACGGUCGAGGUCAAGCUGCAAAUGGAAGACACGCCUACGUCGCAAUACGUCGAGGUUAUUGGCCGCGUUGCGCGGACGGGCGACUCGAUUACGCAGCAUGCGCUGCUCCCUCUGGGCGAUAACUUGGACCUGUCGUUGGUCGAGCAGCUGGUCAAGCUCGAGCCGCAGUUCCCGACCCUUUUUGCGGAGCAGUAG